UGUACAAUCUGCAUUCAAGAUGUCUGCGCCCAUGAGAUAAUAUGUUUUGUCAACGGAUAAAUCAAAUCUAGAGGUUGAAAAUGACUUACAAAGAAGAACACGAAGCCUUUGUCAGUGGUACGAAAGGCACUAAUGUGCUGCACAUAGCUGUUACAGGAAUUGCCUGUCUGUUACCUGUCUACAUCAGAGAUGUUUGUGUCGCGGCAGUCCCAGGUCUGGCCAAGUUCAAGGAAAACUUGUGGCUUGGACUGUUGCUAGAUUUCAUAGCAGUCAUAGUUCCACUGCAGUUCACCAUGUCAGUAUUCAGUGAAAAUUCCUUCCAAUGUCUCUUCAUCUUCUUCAUGAGUUUUGCUUUAAUAUUCAACAUCAAAAUGAGGCAGAAAGCAAUCAGAUCUGUUAGAGAAAAGGUAACUCUUACAGAUGUUAAGAUGGGCAACAGGAGACCAUUUAUCACAUAUUACAGAGCAUAUGCAAAUGUGAUAACUGCAUUUUCAAUCCUUGCUGUGGACUUCAAGAUAUUUCCAAGAUAUUUUGCAAAGGCAGAGACAUAUGGAACAGGGUUGAUGGAUGUUGGAGUAGGCGGCUUUCUUAUCACAAAUGCUGUGGUAUCACCUGAGGCUAGAGGAAUAAUAGCAACUGACAGAGUUGUGCCAUCAGUAUUAAAGUCCCUGAAGUCUUCCAUUCCACUGAUAGUGAUAGGUAUGGUACGAGUACUGGCAGUGAAAUCCACAGACUAUCAGGAACACGUCACAGAGUAUGGUGUACAUUGGAACUUCUUUUUCACACUAGCUGCUGUCAAGGUAGGAUGUACAUUGUUGUUUUGCACUGUGUCACCAAGGUUAUGGAACAUUGCAGCAGUGUUGAUAAUAGCCAUAUACCAGCACAAUUUGACAUAUGGUGAUUUGAAGAAUUAUAUUAUAAAUGGUGCUGAUGGGAAAGGAGGCCGUACAGAUCUUAUAGAUGCCAACAGAGAGGGACUGUACUCCUGUAUCGGAUUAUUCAGCAUUUAUAUCAUGGGUGUCCAACUUGGAAAACUUGUUAUGAGGAAACGAGAAAAUGUGAAGGACUGGAUGAAAUUGUGUUUUGCGCUAGCUCUAGUUAGCAUUGUGUGCUGGGUACUCAUGUACUUCACUGGCAAACAUGUGGAGCCUGUCUCCAGACGUUUUGCAAAUCUGGCUUACCUGCUCUGGAUGGUUGCAUUUAACAGUAUGUUAAUGUUUGCCUUUCUGGUGUUUGAUAUUGCUGUGACCUGUCUUAGUCACCUCUGCCGGAUAGCUAAAAAGAAAGAAUCUCCUGAUCAUAAACCAGAGACAGAUACAGCUACCCCAGGCGAUGAUUACAACACAUGUGACCUUAUAUCUGCAAUAAAUUACAAUGGACUUUUCUACUUCCUGUUGGCGAAUCUUCUGACUGGUUUAGUGAACAUGUCUGUGAAAACUAUAUACCAGUCUAACUUGGUUGCUAUGACAAUUUUAACUGGAUAUAUGUUCCUUUUGUCUUCUGUAUUAUAUUUCCUUUAUAGAAAGAAAAUUUCUUUGAAGAUUUGGUGAAUUUGUAAUAAAUGUAUUCUACAUUUUUAAAGUCCUUGUCAGUGCUACUUUCUUAAGCAGUAGUUUGAAUUGAUGGAAAGUUGAUUCAUUGCCAUUUGUUUGUAUUCAUCAAAUCUCAUUUAUUUGGCUUUACUUCAUCUGGACAAAUAAAUAAUGAACAGCAGAAUCGUCAUUUUAUCCUGCCACUGACAGAUAUCGGCAUGCCGUAUAACCUUCAGCUUUACAUGGUCACUAUAGGUUCAUCUAGUUAAUAAUUUACCGACAGACUACUUUUUCAAGUACAUAUACAGUAGGCAUUGUAACAUGGUUCAGGAGUUCAGAAGUGACAAGCAUUCUAACAUUUUAGCAUGCAGUCACUAUGACAGCAGCCAUGGUAAAAAUCAGUCAAUUGUGAAUGGAUUAUUUUUGUUAUCAAAAGGCAUAUUUUUAUGAAAUAGGGUACAAAAUAUGUUUCCCUUGACAGGCCUUUAGGUUGCGGGACAAACAGAACAUUAGGUUUGUGUUUUUAUGUACGUGAAUUUGUUUAUUUGACUCGGCUAUGCCUCUCCGAACUUUCUUUGGCUGACCUGAUAAGUUUAAGUACAUAAAGACAGUAACCUAAUAUUCUCCAUACCCCUUUUCUAUUCAUGCUUCAGUUAGAGUCACAUUUUUAAGCUCCUUGUUUAAGUUUGAAAAUUUCUAUAUGUCACAUUUGUUAUAUGAACAGUCCUACUAUGCUAAACAAAAUCAUACAAUACUAGUUACUCAAGCAGUACAAAAGCUUGAAUGUCUGUUUGUCACCAUUUCCUUUAAUACCAUAAAUCAGUUAUAUUUAAUUUUAAUUUCUUAAGGAAAGGGAAUUGUUUUAACCCAUAAAAGAUUAUUGACAAAUGAAUUGAUAAUUCAGCUAGUCUUAAAUCCCAGUUGCCUCUAAUUCCUGGUAAAUUGCCAUUCAGAAUGUUUGCCAAUUUUUUCAAAGUAGUUGUACAACAGUAUGGUGGGAAAUGUUUAUUAUGUUACCUUUAAAGGAGUAUUUGCUUACCUAUAUGCAAUUUUGAAAUAUAGUAUAUUUCACUUGCUUUACACUGGAAAUUAAAGAACCGUUUGUUCAGUUCAAAAGCUCA